AUGCGUUUUACAACUAUCGGACUUCUUACCUUCGCGGUGGCCGCAGCUGCUAUGCCUGGCCAAAGUGAUCCACCUAAGUCGCUCGAUAUCACGCAGCAAUGCGGCUCCCAAAUCCUGGCUUGUUGCUCGGAGAUCAACAUCUACCCUGGGGGUGAUCCGUCGGUCGAAAAGAGACAGCUUGGAAAUCUUGUUGAUAGCCUUGUCGGUACCGUUGAUGGGGUUCUGGGAACCCUCGGCCUAGGUGGAGGCGGCGAAGGCCUCUGCCAUACCCAUGAAGAUAACGGUGCUGUGUGCAAGGGAACUUUCGCAUGCUGUCCCGGCAAUGGCAACAAGUGUAUCGCCGUCUCCAACGACAAGCACAAGUUCGAUGAUUAA